AUGGCCCCCUCAAUGCUGACCGCGAGUCUUCAGCUGCUUGCCUUGGGUGCCCUGGCUGCCGCUUCGCCCUGCGUCAAGACCUGCCCUCCUGAUCUGAAGGAUCGGCUCGUCACAGAGACCAGCAACGGGCGAGUCAUUGGCCAUGUCGCUCCAAACACGUCGUGUGUGGUCGAGUACCUUGGCAUCCCUUACGCGAAGCCACCCGUCGGCCAGCUUCGCUUCGCUGCUCCCGAGAAGCUCACCGGCCCGCCCUCCACCUACGAGGCGGCCAAGUAUGGAUUCGACUGCCCCUCGGUCCCGUCCGGCCCGCCCACCUACCCGGACCUGACGCCGCAGGCCCCGCGCAUCGUCAGCUACUUUGCCGGCGCCUCGGGCACCCCUCAGAGCGAGGACUGCCUGACCCUCAACGUCUGGUCGCGCCCGUCCGCCAAGGGCCCCGCCGCCAAGAAGCCCAUCCUCGUCUUCUUCCAUGGCGGCCGCUUCGCCAUCGGCAACACCAACAGCCCCAUGUACACGGGCAAGUACCUGGCCGAGGCCGAGGACCUCGUCGUCGUGACCGUCACCUACCGGCUCAACAUCUUCGGCUUCCCCGGCGCCCCGGGCCUCGAGGCCCAGAACCUGGGCAUCCGGGACCAGCGGGCCGCCGUGGAGUGGGUGCGAGACAACGCCGCGGCGUUUGGCGGCGAUGCGUCCCGCAUCACCAUCUCGGGCCAGUCGUCGGGCGGCGUGGCCGUCGACUACUGGACGUACGCGUACCGCGACGACCCCAUCGCGCACGCCAUCAUCGCCACGUCGGGCAACGCCUUCAGCUUCCCCGUCAACGCGCCGGGCGUCCCGGAGCGGAACUGGAACACGGUCGUGGCGGCGCUGGGGUGCGGCGCCGACGCCGACGCCGACACCAUGGCCUGCAUGCGCCGCGCCAACUGGACCGCCAUCAACGCCGCGGCCGGCGCCGUCCGCCCGUCCGCCAGCUCCAGCGUCCUCCGCUCCGUGCCGCCAUUCUACCCGAUCCCGGACGACAAGAUAGUCUUGGGCGACUACGUGGCCCCGACGGCCUCGGGGUCCUGGGCCCCGCUCCCCGUGCUCAUGGGCCACAACCACAACGAGGACGGCUACUACCGCCUGGCCGUGUACCGCAACGGCGUCGUCCCCACGCCGGCGCAGGUGGCCAGCUUCCUGCUCGAGUCCUUCACCUGCCCCGUGUCGUACCAGUCGCAGGCCAGGGCGGCCCGCGGCGUCCCGGCGUUUGCGUACCGCUUCCUGGCCGACUGGGACAACACGCGCCUGUUCCCCACCAGCGGCGCCUACCACGGCGUCGACCUGCACAUGGUCUUUGGCGCCUCCGAGGACACGAGCGGCCUGCCGCCGUCGCGCGACCAGAGGAGGCUGACGAGGCUGAUGCAGCGCAUGUGGGCCAGCUUCAGCGCCGACCCCAACAACGGCCUGACCAAGGCGCUGGGGUGGCCCGUCUGGGACCCGGAGAAGGAGACGCUGGCCGUGCUCGGGAGGGACAACUCCCCUGGCGUUUCGUACGUUGAGCCGCGCCAGUUUGAUGCGCCGUGCCGAAACGUCACCAUGGGAGCGCUGAGCAAACCUGUUUGA